AUGCAAUCCUCAGGUCAGCCGAGGGCGAUAACUGUCAUUGGAGCGGGUGUAAUUGGCCUCACGACUGCGCUACUUCUGAGCAAAGAUGCGAAGAAUAAAGUCUUGGUCAUCGCCGAAUUCAUGCCCGGCGACUACGACAUUGGAUAUGCAUCACCCUGGGCUGGGGCAAAUUUCUUCCCCAUGGCCGAAAAAGGAACACUGCAAGCGCAGCUUGAACAUAGCACCUGGAAAGUCUUGAAACAUCUGGCCACGUCUGUGCCUGAGGCCUGUGUCCACUUUCAAGAAGCUGUCGUUUAUACUCGGGAGGAAGAUGUGGGCUUGGCUGGGCCCUUGUUUGUCGGACCAGGAGAAGAACCGUGGUGGAAAGACGUGGUUGACGAUUGUCAUCGUGUUCCCUCGAACGAACUUCCUGCGGGAAUCGCUGCAGGGACCAAAUUUAAGACGGUCUGCAUCAACCCACCGCUCUACUUGUCCUACCUGGUCUCGGAGUGUCGUCGCCUUGGCGUCGUAUUCAAGCGCCAAAAGAUGAGUAGUAUUACAGAGGCCCAAGAAGCUCAGCAUCCAAGCGGAAGAGCCACCGAUAUCGUCGUCAAUGCGACAGGUUUGGGCUCAAAGACUCUGAAGGGCGUCGAAGAUUCCUCUCUUUUUCCAGUCAGAGGCCAGACUGUACUCGUGGAAAACGACCCCGGCUACAUGAUGGCUGUUACUGCCGGAAGAGAUGACCGGAAAUUAGGUUAUUGUAUGACACGGGCUGCCGGUGGUGGAACUAUUCUAGGGGGUAGCUUUCAAAAGAACAAUUCUGAAUCUUCACUGGACUUCAACCUUGCGAUUCAGUUUAUGAAGAACGUUAUUGACCUCUGUCCAUCGAUCGUGAAGCCAGGUCAAGGGGUUGAAGGUCUGAAAAUUAUACGCCAUGGCGUGGGUCUAAGACCAAUGCGGCAGGAUGGUCCUAGAAUUGAAUUUGAUGACAAAUGCAUGGGUGUCAUUCACUGUUAUGGUCAUGGCAGCUAUGGAUAUCAGACCAGUUGGGCAAGUGCAGAAAUGGUGGUGAAGUUAAUUAGUGAGAGUGAGAUGGCCCGACAAUCGGGCUUAAAAAGCGUGCUGUGA